UUGAGGAUGGCGCGCUCCCGCGGCUCCCCGUGCCCCCCGCCGCCGCCCGGUAGGAUGUCCUGGCCCCACGGGGCCCUACUCUUCUUGUGGCUUUUCUCCCCUCCUCUGGGCGCCGGAGGAGGCGGCGGCGUGGCCUUGACAUCGGCCGCAGGAGGGGGCUCCCCGCCGGCCACCUCCUGCCCCGCGGCCUGCUCUUGCAGCAACCAGGCCAGCCGGGUGAUCUGCACGCGGCGAGAGCUGGCGGAGGUGCCCGCCAGCAUCCCGGUCAACACACGCUACCUGAACCUGCAGGAGAACGGCAUCCAGGUGAUCCGGACGGACACGUUCAAACACCUGCGGCACCUGGAGAUCCUGCAGCUGAGCAAGAACCUGGUGCGGAAGAUCGAGGUGGGCGCCUUCAACGGGCUGCCCAGCCUCAACACGCUGGAGUUGUUUGACAACCGGCUGACCACGGUGCCCACGCAGGCCUUCGAGUACCUGUCCAAGCUCCGCGAGCUCUGGCUGCGCAACAACCCCAUCGAGAGCAUCCCCUCGUACGCCUUCAACCGCGUGCCCUCGCUGCGCCGCCUGGACCUGGGCGAGCUCAAGCGGCUGGAGUACAUCUCGGAGGCGGCCUUCGAGGGUCUGGUCAAUCUGCGCUACCUCAACCUGGGCAUGUGCAACCUCAAGGACAUCCCCAACCUGACGGCCCUGGUGCGCCUGGAGGAGCUGGAGCUGUCGGGCAACCGGCUGGACCUCAUCCGCCCGGGCUCCUUCCAGGGCCUCACCAGCCUGCGCAAGCUGUGGCUCAUGCACGCCCAGGUGGCCACCAUCGAGCGCAACGCCUUCGACGACCUCAAGUCGCUGGAGGAGCUCAACCUGUCGCACAACAACCUGAUGUCGCUGCCCCACGACCUCUUCACGCCCCUGCACCGCCUCGAGCGCGUGCACCUCAACCACAACCCCUGGCACUGCAACUGCGACGUGCUCUGGCUAAGCUGGUGGCUCAAGGAGACUGUGCCCAGCAACACCACGUGCUGCGCGCGCUGCCACGCGCCCGCCGGCCUCAAGGGGCGCUACAUCGGCGAGCUGGACCAAUCGCACUUCACGUGCUACGCGCCUGUCAUCGUGGAGCCGCCCACCGACCUCAACGUCACCGAGGGCAUGGCGGCCGAGCUCAAGUGCCGCACGGGCACGUCCAUGACGUCGGUCAACUGGCUGACGCCCAACGGCACGCUCAUGACGCACGGCUCGUACCGCGUGCGCAUCUCCGUGCUGCACGAUGGCACGCUCAACUUCACCAACGUCACGGUGCAGGACACGGGCCAGUACACGUGCAUGGUGACGAACUCGGCGGGCAACACCACGGCCUCGGCCACGCUCAACGUCUCGGCCGUGGACCCCGUGGCUGCGGGAGGCGGCGGCGCGGGGGGCGGCCCCGGGGGCGGAGCUGGCGGCGGAGGCGGAGGAGGAGGUGCAGGAGGAGGCUACACCUAUUUCACCACCGUCACCGUGGAGACGCUGGAGACGCAGACCGGCGACGAGGUGCUGCAGCCGCACGGCACCGAGAAGGAGCCCCCGGGGCCCACGACGGACGGCGCGUGGGGCGGGGGCCGGCCCGGGGAGCCGGGGGGCGCGGCCGCCUCGUCCACCACGGCGCCGGCGCCGCGCUCCUCGCGGCCCACGGAGAAGGCCUUCACCGUGCCCAUCACGGACGUGACCGAGAACGCGCUCAAGGACCUGGACGACGUCAUGAAGACCACCAAGAUCAUCAUCGGCUGCUUCGUGGCCAUCACCUUCAUGGCCGCCGUGAUGCUGGUGGCCUUCUACAAACUGCGCAAGCAGCACCAGCUCCACAAGCACCACGGGCCCACGCGCACCGUGGAGAUCAUCAACGUGGAGGACGAGCUGCCCGCCGCCUCGGCCGUGUCCGUGGCCGCCGCCGCCGCCGUGGCGGGCGGGGGAGGCGUGGGCGGGGACAGCCACCUGGCCCUGCCGGCCCUGGAGCGCGACCACCUGAACCACCACCACUACGUGGCGGCCGCCUUCAAGGCGCAUUACAGCAGCAACCCCGGGGGCGGGGGCUGCGGGGGCAAGGGGCCGUCGGGCCUCAACUCCAUCCACGAACCUUUGCUGUUCAAGAGCGGCUCCAAGGAGAACGUGCAAGAAACGCAGAUCUGA